UGACUUCCUUAUUGAUGAAGACGUCAACUCAACAAUUGUCAUCGACAGCACAAUGACAGAGACCAACAAAUCCGUACCACAAUAUUGUGGGGAUGGCAUGGAUCGGCUUCAUACCGCGUACGUGCCGAUGCAUGGAUACGCCUCGCUGCUGGUAUGCAUUCUGGGCAGUAUAGCGAAUGGCUUGAACAUCGCUGUACUGACACGACAUGAAAUGCGGUCGCCGACCAAUGCCAUCCUGACAGGGCUUGCAAUAACUGACCUGCUCGUCAUGCUGGAUUACAUCCCAUAUGCAUGUUUGGAAUACAUCCUGCCAAACAUGAACUACUCCCGCGAGGACCGCCUCACCUAUGGCUGGGCUGCGUACGUCAGGUUCCACUCCAUGUUCGCGCAAAUAUGUCACACCAUCUCCAUUUGGCUCACAGUGACACUCGCAGUUUGGCGGUACAUAGCUGUCGGAUAUCCGCAGAAGAAUCGAAUAUGGUGUGGGAUGCGAACUACACUCAUAGCUAUAACUGCCUCCUGUAUAGUGUGUCCCCUGAUUUCAAUCCCCCUAGUGUUAUCCUUCAACAUCCAGGCUGAUGUGGAGCUGCUCGAUGAAGAUGGAAAUCAAUUAAAAGGAAAUGCCUCCCUGAGUGAAGGGCGUAACGUAACGCUAUACAAGGUCAAGCACAGCGAGCUUGCAAUGAAUAAUCCGCUCCUCCUUCAAGCAAAUUUCUGGAUUUAUAGUGUAGUCAUUAAAAUAAUUCCUUGCAUCGCGCUUACCAUACUCAGUUUAAGGCUAAUUGGAGCCCUUUUGGAGGCGAAGCGACGUAGAAAGCAAUUAACGACAAGUAACGCGAACGGAAUGAAGCAGAUGGUAAACGGUAAAGUGGUGGAGAAACCACGAAAGCAUAGUAAAACGCUGGAAAAGGAAAAACAGACGGACCGAACUACUAGGAUGCUUCUAGCCGUGCUUCUCCUCUUCCUGAUUACAGAGUUUCCGCAGGGCAUCUUAGGAUUGCUAAGUGCUCUUUUAGGCAAUCCAUUUUUUAUGCAGUGCUACAUGAAAUUAGGUGAAGUUAUGGAUAUCCUUGCCUUACUCAAUUCGGGUAUCAACUUCAUUUUAUACUGUUCGAUGAGCCGUCAAUUCCGCUCCACCUUCAAUCUACUCUUCCGACCGAAAUUCUUCGAUAGAUGGUUACCAGUUGCACAAGAUGAUGAAAAUGGUCCAGGACGAACAGAUGCUGGACGAGAGAACAACGGUUUGACAACGCAGGUAACCCAAGUGUAGCAUAGAACUCAGCGCUGCUACCCAGAGGAACAGAGCCAAACAGCGAACAAUUGCUUGGGUUGCAUCCUAUGCAACAUUAAGAAUUCACAAAACAACAACACAACGAAACCGUGUUCCUUACUUUAGAGGGUAAGCAGCGCCUACUACUUGUUUUAUUUUCAUCUUUUUUAAAAAGUUUAGUACGUUUUAUUAAUAAAAUAUACAGGUAAACAAUUUGUAUUGUAAUUUUCAAUUCAUAUAUUGUUGAAUUUGUACGGAAUUUAAUGAUAUAUAGGAGGAAAUUUUAAAUUGAAAGAAACGAAUAUCUACUAGAUAGAAGUAACAAUGAAUCGGCUG